AUGGCCUCCAACUCCCCCAUUCCCACGACCCGUCUCCGCCAAAUCUGCAACGACGCCUGCGACGCCGCCAUAAGCACCACGACCGUAUACGACCACGCCUCCACGCAGUCCUGGAACAACACCAUCAUCAACAACAUUCUCAAGUCGCUCAUUUCCGAGUCCGAGGCCGCGUCUUCCAAGUACAAAUUCGUCGUCAACACGACCAUCAUCCAGCACCUCAGCGACCCUCGAGGGGUAGGCAGCGAUGGCUUGAGCGGGGACAAGAAGGUGGGAAGGAGAGGCAUGCACUCUGCGAGCGGGGCGUUCUGGAACAACGAGAAGGAUGGCAUGUGGAGUUAUAAGUACGAGGGUGGUGAGGGCAAGGGCAUGGACAUCGUGGUGAGCGUGAUGUGGGUUGCCGUAUGA